CUCACCGCCGUCACAGCUCUUGCUCGUCCUCCUCGUCCUCGUCUUCAUCAGACGGUGAUUCGAAGAAGUGGAACAAGGAAAAGAAGAGCAAAAAAUAUAAGAUGCACUUGAACGAGGCUGAUGAGCAGACUCACGGUUCAGGCCACAUCUCCAUGCCGAACCCGACCCACGUCCUCGACGGCAAGGGGAACCAUCCCCCCCCGUACGUGCCGCACCCCCAACCCCAGCCCCAGCCCUCAAAUUUCCCGUCGUCCGGCUACCGCAUUCCCCUCACCGCAGACGCCGCCUUCCCUGACGUGCAGCUCACGCGCUACCCGCCGUUCUUCGACGCGGACGGCACGUCCCCCGUGUUCAUCGGCUCCGCUAUUUUCCAGAGCUCCGUGCACCCGUGCAAAAUCGCCGCGCGCCUGCAGCCCCCGUGCCGUGUCCCGUACGGCGGGGUCGAGCACGAGCACCGCGGGCGGUACGACCUGCUCCCGUUCAUGCCCGAGACGAUGGAGUGGGUGCGCGCGUCGCACGGGCGGCUCCCGCAGGACAGGCGGCCCGUCGAGGGCGGGUACGAGGAUAACGGCGCGAGGCUCUAUCACGCCGUCGCGACCGUCGAGGGCGUGCAGGUGCCAGGAAAGGCCGGCGCCCAUCUGGGUGGCUGCCACGUCGCGUUUGGCGGCGGGGAGCAUGUCAUCAAGGAGAACUAUGAUGUCCUGUGCUGGAAGGUUUGAAGAUCGCCAGGGAUAUUUUGGAUCUUGGGUCGCUUCCUCGGAUCCGUUGUACAACUGUCUGUCAUGAUCUAUGCAGUGCCACCGGGGCGCUAGCCUAGAUAUAGAGAAGUCGAGCUAGGUGUUGUUGUAAUACCAUGUAUGGUGAAUCUGAGUUCCGAAUGAUAUCACUUAUUUCUUCCAUU